AUGAAGGCACACGACCUAGCCAUGCUAUUUGUACGAGAUGUGUGGAAACUCCAUGGCUUACCAGAUUCCAUUGUGUCCGAUAGAGGACCGCUGUUCGUCUCAGAGUUCUGGAAAGCAGUCUGCCACCGAUUACAGACCAACAUCAGUCUUUCCACAGCAUAUCACCCUGAGACCGACGGCCAGACCGAAAACGCUAACGCGUUCCUCGAACAAUACCUUCGUCAAUAUGUCAGCUUCGCUCAAGACGACUGGGAUGAGUGGCUUCCACUGGCCGAGUUCGCGGCACGCAACGUUAACAGAACGACAGUACUAGCCCGUGACAAUUGGAAAGACAGCUCCAAGGAGUAUGAGCAGCAGAAAUCGAAUCUCAUCAAGGCUAAAAGUAUUAUCAUCAGCUAUGUAGAUGAGAGAUUAGGUCGUUAUCUUGACCAAGACCACGAUCUCCCCCGCUGGAUUGAUAGUCUAUCUGUAGCCGUCAAUGCCGAACAGACUAAGGCAACAGACGCACUUGUGAUGGAAUAUCAGCAGAUCAUCAAGUCAUUCAGGUGCACCGACUCAGCAACCUUUGCAGACUGGAUCUGGAAAUGGGAGAACUUUCUGCUGAAAGCUGCACGACAUCGAAUGCUUGAAGUAGCAGGUGGUCGUUGGCUAUUUGUUGGCUUGACAAAGGAUUACAAUAAUGCUGUUGAGCAAGGAGUACAGCAGCUAUUGCAGCUCAACAAUCUUAGCGAUCAUGCCAGACUACGAGAGGCAGCAAUAGCAAUUCAAGGGGCUCUGAUCCACACCCCUCCCAACGCUACGGAUGCGAGCAAGGAAUGGUCGAUUGGAAGCGUAGCUGUCAAGUUACGGACCUGGGCCAGCUCAGCACUCCCAGCACAACCAGAAAGAUCCUCCGCCAGACGGGGAACGGCGUUCCAAGCUGAUACCAGAAAGAGUAAUCAGGGUGGAAGAGCAAGCCAAUCCCAAUCAGAUCGUAAAAGAGGGCGCUCAGACAACCAGCAGGACAGCAACAAGAGACAAGAACUGAGCUGUGAAGCAUGUGGCCAGCUGCGACAUGAUCUUAGUUCCUGUUGGUCAGCUAUCCCGGAACUUCGUCCUGAAGGGGUACCUGCAAAUCACCGCCUAGAAGGUCUGGUGAGGAAAGUGUUGGCUGCCGAUCCGGAACUAAAAGCCAAAGUAGCUGAACUUCGAAAAGCAGCGCAGAAAGACCAGAAACAGCAGGAAGAGGAAAAGAAAGAAGUUUCAUUCCAGUGA